GUUUGUCGUGUGUGUAUGUCAGUGUGCGCCUGUGUGUGGGCAGGAAAGGAGGGAGCUGGGCUGGCACUGAAACACGAUUAAGCGUUCUCCUCCCGUAUCUUUCAGUUUCAACCAAAGGCAGUAAGUAGAGGGAUGAGGACCAAGAGCUCCGAGUAUCUGCUCCUCUUCCAAAGCCUACGGUGGCGCUAAACCCCACACUGAAGCCGCACAACCGGCAGCGAACGGGGUCGGAGUCAACCAACGGCACAUUGGAGCGGAGAGUGUCCCUAAGAACGGGCGCAGUCGGGCGCGCAACUGGAGGGUACAUCCGGACCUGUGGAUUAUUUAUCAGGGCAAGAAACCAGACGCAGACUAGUUUUUUUUUUUUUUUACUUAAACUUAAUUUCUAGAGGGGGUGGGUGGGGCGUUUAUGCGCAAAAUUGCACCAAAGGAGGAUCUGCCACAGCGAUUACCUUAAGUGUAAAUAUAAAGAACAAGGGUGUCAGUGAGCGCUUGAUGGCCGGAGGAGCUAUCUGUGGGUGCGGGCAGCAACAGUUUGGCGGAGCCCGGUGCUGCUUGCCAUGAUAGCCGAUGCAGGCAACAAACAUUCUCGCAAGGCAUCUGCAGCCGGAGCAUGAACGGCCGCCAGCAGCCCAGCUUGCCCAAACCCGACUCUUCCUUCUCUUCCUCCGCCUCCUCCUCCGUUUAUGUCCCCAAGAUGGAAGCGGUCAUCAUCCCCAUGUCGGCCGACGUGCCGUGCGACAGCAAUGGGCAGCGGAUGUGGUGGGCCUUCCUCGCCUCCUCCAUGGUCACCUUCUUUGGGGGACUGUUCAUUAUCCUACUCUGGAGGACCCUGAAAUACUUGUGGACUGUCUGUUGUCACUGCAACAUCAAAAACAAGGAAGGCCAGAAGAUUAACAAUGGUACAGGAAAUCCAGCUGAUGGACCCUGCCGAAAUGCUGAUGACAAAGAAGAUGCUGUGGUGACAGGAGAGGUGGGCUGGAUGACGUCAGUGAAAGACUGGGCAGGGGUGAUGAUAUCUGCGCAGACACUUACUGGAAGGGUUUUGGUGAGUACUCUACCUUUGAUUGCUUCACAUAAUGUCAAGAUAACACUUUUUAAAAAUUCUCAGAGCUCUACCCCUUUUGGUUAA